AUGUUACAGAAAUCCAAUAGAAGAAAUAAAGAGAAUGUUGUACCUCCUGUUGAACCUGUUGCUUCUGUAGCAUCAAAGCGGAAUUUUGUCGAAAUACAGGUAAUGCAAGUUGAUAAGACCGCCUUGAUCUGUGAGGCACUUAUUCAAUCAUUUGAUACCAUCCCAAAUAAGGCGCAUGGUCUCAUAUCUCUUAUCGAUGCAUCACUUAUUCGAAAACUGCCCGUCUCUUUCCAUGAAGAGAGUAAAUAUCCUCAGCUUGCUGAAUAUAUACAAACAAGCGAUGAUGAAUGCGAAAGCAGUCUAGCAAAACACAUUUCCUGUAUUCUUACGUCUGACAUAUUUGAAAAGCAGAUCCUAGAUGGUACAUCGGAGGAUAUGUUGCACUGGGCAAUAGAUAGUUUAAUAAGGAUCCCGCUCCAGAUUUUUCGUGAGAAUCUUGGUGGAAGAGUGCUUCCAAUUGAAAUAGAUCGAAACAGUAAGGAUCAGGGAAUGACAACGAUAAGUAAUAAAAGGCCAGAUUUUUUAUGUUGGACGAAUGGUGUACUUAUAUUUAAAGGCGAAGAGAAAGCUGAAAUUGAUGAUUUUCCAGUUGCUGUGAGUGAACUUACAGAUAAAUUUAAUAAAUUUGACCCAUUAUAUUUUGGAGACAUACAAUUUAUGAUAUGUUACGUUGUAGCAGGAUCAAAAUUGCGUUUUUAUGCAAUCAAUGGACUGUCAAACACAAACCCGCUAAAUCAUUUAGUUUCGCUCUCAAAUCUAUUGGACAUCAAAAACAGUUGGGAUCGUAUUUCUAUUCUCUCUAUAAUCGUCAAUAUUGCACGCAUAAUAAGGACUGUGAGUAAUACAAUUUCCAGCACAAUCGUUCCUAUUGGAAAACGGUUGAAAUUAGAAAAAUCAACGAUUACAUUUUUUGAUGACUCGGUAGAGAAAAUGAUCCCACUGAAAUAUCUUCCAUAUGAAGGAGAUGUGGAUGAUCGGGUUGCUUUUUUACAGGGAAUGUACGAUUGUGCAAUAGGCCGAGACUUUCAAUUGAGGAAUGAAAAUGAAGUUCGUGCUAUGGUAUAUAGUGUGGUUACCGGAUUAACUUGGUUGCAUAAAAACAGUUAUGUUCAUCGUGACAUUUGGCUUGCAAACAUUCUCUUUCUUCCUGGUGUCAGAGAUUAUAGGUAUAUUCUUACCGAUUUUGAGUAUGGUAAUGCAAGUGGAUUAAAAGUAUCUGAGCGUUUGAAGGAUUGGGAUGAUUCAACACUCACGAAAAAUAAUAAGUAUACGGUAAAAUCUGAUUUAUAUAUCAAUUUGGAAAGAUGCUUAUGA